CUAUACGCCACUAUUUUUGGCCACGUGACCACAAUCAUUCAGCAGAUGACGUCAGCUACAGCACGUUAUCAUGACAUGUUAAACAACGUUCGCGAGUUUAUGAAACUGCACGAGGUGCCCAAAGCAUUAAGUGAGCGUGUUAUGGAUUACGUAGUGUCAACAUGGGUCAUGAGCAAAGGAAUUGAUACGAAAAAGGUGCUGAACUAUUGCCCGAAGGACAUGACUGCUGAUAUCUGUGUCCAUCUAAACCGCAAGGUGUUCAAUGAACAUCCAGCUUUCCGACUAGCCAGUGAUGGCUGUCUUCGUGCUUUAGCUAUGAACUUCACCAUGGACCACAGCGCACCAGGAGAUCUCCUAUACCAUACAGGGGAGAGCAUUGAUACACUGUGUUUUGUCGUUUCCGGCUCAUUGGAAGUCAUCCAAGAUGAUGAAGUUGUAGCUAUAUUAGGUAAGGGUGACGUUUUUGGUGACGUGUUCUGGAAGGAACCUACGAUUGGCCAGUCUUGUGCUAACGUACGAGCUCUAACAUACUGUGAUCUUCAUGCUAUUAAAAGGGACAAACUCCUUGAAGUGCUCAACUUUUACCAUGCCUUCGCCAACUCCUUUGCCAGAAAUCUGGUCCUAACUUAUAACCUCAGACACAGGUUAAUAUUCCGCAAGGUAAUCGAUGUAAAGAAAGAAAAGGAAUUAGGAGAGAGACGUCGUAAUGAGCCCUUACAAGAAAUUGCACAUGAUCACCUCGUGCGCAAGCUUUUCUCUCGCUUUAAGAGGAGCGGUUCUGCUAAUAAUCAGGUGCCCUUAUUGCCGAAUCCAGAUGUGGAACGAGGGGAGCAACCGACAUCCAGCGAAAGUGGGACACAACCUCCACGCAGAAACCAUGCCCUUGUUAAAUUACUAAAUAUUUCGGAAGGAGGAGAGAAAGAUGGAUGUUCAGGCAGGGCUGCAAAAUGGACGCCAGCAGUUGGACUAAUAAAAACUGACAGGGCUAGUGGUGAUAACAAAGAAAACCAGGGUGCAGCCGAAAAUUUAAGCCUAGUUAAAAAGGGUGAAAUAAUUUCGAAAAAAACAGAUUCGUUGCAUGUGGUAAAAGAUCCAAAAACUGUAUCAAACUUAGGAGCAAACAAUUUAACUAAGUGGUCCAAAAUUUUAUCUCGCCAAGAGUCUAUCGAGGAAACAACUGAACCAGAUAAAGAAACUGAUGACAAUAUUUCAGGGAACAGUAAAGAUUACUACCACCGACAUAUUCACGUGGAAGAACAAAAGAACGGAGGCAGACAUUAUAGUUUUGAUAGUGGAAAUUUUUCUUCUGAUCUUUUCUCACCUAGAAGCUUGUCCAGCACUGAUUAUCAACAAAUAAUUGUUAACUUUAUGGACCUGCGAAUUGACCUGAAGCAGGAAGUCCAGAGAUUAAAUCAAAAGAUUAGUAAAAUAGAAGAUAAUAUAGCAAAACUUCUCAAACACAUACCGAACUGUGAGGUUAAUCUAGGACAAUCCCAGACUUCGUGUGAUCAUUCAAAACACACGUGUGGAAAAACCAGCGGACGGAAGGACCUUGCAAAUAACGGAACAGACAAAAUGUCAAACAAAAGAAAAAAUGCCCAUUACAAAAACAAAUCUAAGACCUCCACCUCAAGAGGUUCACCCACGGACAUGGUUUUUAGGGCUAUGCUAGAGAAAGAGAUUGAAGAACAAGAAAAAGAUACGUCCCUAUCUCUUGGUUCUUGUGAUAAAGAAGACCAAUAAGUUUGUUCACUCUUUGUAGAGAUAAACUUUACCACUGGUAGUUUCAAGUUGGAGUAUCACAAAGAGG